CCGCUAAAAAGGUUCGUACACACUCGCCUCUCGUUUCCCCCUUCUUUGCCCGGUCGAAGCAUCCGGAGCUUCUCCCCAUUUCCUCUGCUCCCUCUUCCUCAUCUCCUCUCCCGCAAAACCCUCGCGAAGAAGCCCUAAAUAAUCCACGCGCGAUCGGAGCUCGAGAUCCCUCCAUUGUCGACGAACCCCACGUUGUCGUGGUUGUUUACGUCGAAGUAGCUGCGAAUCAUGGGUUCCGAUGCUGAUAUGGAGGAUUAUGGAUUUGAGUACUCUGAUGAGGAACCUGAGGAGCAGGAUGUGGAUAUAGAGAACCAGUACUAUAACUCAAAAGGUUUGGUAGAAACAGAUCCGGAGGGUGCUCUUGCUGGUUUUGCAGAAGUAGUUCGCAUGGAACCUGAGAAAGCUGAGUGGGGAUUCAAAGCACUAAAGCAAACAGUCAAGCUUUAUUAUCGACUGGUGAAGUACAAAGAGAUGAUGGAUGCCUACAGGGAGAUGUUGACAUACAUCAAGUCAGCUGUUACACGUAACUACAGCGAAAAAUGUAUAAACAACAUAAUGGAUUUUGUUUCGGGAUCUGCAAGCCAGAACUUUAAUCUUCUGCAGGAGUUCUAUCAAACAACAUUGAAGGCCCUUGAAGAGGCGAAGAAUGAGAGAUUGUGGUUUAAGACAAAUCUUAAGCUUUGCAAAAUUUGGUUUGACAUGGGAGAGUACGGACGGAUGAAUAAGAUUUUGAAGGAGCUGCACAGAUCUUGCCAAAGGGAGGAUGGAACUGAUGACCAGAAGAAAGGCACACAGCUUCUAGAAGUCUAUGCUAUUGAGAUUCAAAUGUACACGGAGACUAAGAAUAACAAGAAACUUAAGCAAUUGUACCAGAAGGCCCUUUCAAUUAAAUCAGCCAUACCUCAUCCACGAAUCAUGGGUAUUAUCCAUGAAUGCGGUGGAAAAAUGCAUAUGGCUGAGAGGCAGUGGGAUGAGGCAGCCACAGAUUUCUUUGAAGCAUUUAAGAAUUAUGAUGAAGCUGGGAAUCAGCGGCGAAUUCAAUGCUUAAAAUAUUUGGUUCUGGCCAAUAUGUUAAUGGAAUCUGAAGUGAAUCCCUUUGAUGGGCAAGAGGCAAAGCCGUACAAAAAUGAUCCCGAAAUCCUAGCAAUGACAAAUCUUAUUGCUGCUUACCAGAAAAAUGAGAUUCUGGAAUUUGAGAAGAUCUUAAAGAGCAAUAGAAGAACAAUUAUGGAUGAUCCUUUCAUUCGCAAUUAUAUUGAGGAUCUUCUGAAGAAUAUCAGAACUCAAGUGUUGCUCAAGCUCAUAAAACCAUAUACACGAAUCCGAAUUCCAUUCAUUUCAAAGGAACUCAAUGUCCCAGAAAAGGAUGUUGAGCAGCUCUUGGUCUCGCUGAUUCUGGACAACCGUAUUCAGGGUCACAUUGAUCAGGUGAACAAGCUUUUAGAGCGUGGUGACAGGUCUAAGGGAACGAAGAAAUACACUGCUAUUGACAAAUGGAAUACUCAGCUUAAAUCACUUUACCAAACAAUAUCUAACCGAGUUAGUUGAGACGGCAGAGUUAUAUAUGAACUUGCUACUGCUUGUUUGCAUGAAGAAUUCCAUUUACCCGCUGCACCAAAUGACUUUGCAGCGCAGAAAUUUGCACAAUAUCAGAAGCGAACAUACAAGGUGAAUCCAAGAAUUUUUGUGUGGUGCUUUGUGAUUUUGCUCCGUCAUCUUCAAAUCCGUGCAAAUAGUGGUUUUCAUUGUUGUGGAAAUGUCGGUAGUUAAUCUCUCGACAUGCUUUUACAUUCUCGCGGUAAUCUGUAUCCUUGAGAAUUUUUUUUGUUAGCCUACAAAAACAUGAUUUACAUCUCUGUUAAACUUGGUAUGUUGCUUGCUCCUCUUCAAAGCAUAUGAGCAUGCUUAAGUUCCCAAAAAGAUUUUGCUGAUGCCUUUUCAACGAA